CGUCUUAUAACUUACGACAGAAUAAACAUUCGUUGUUGUUUUCAGCUAGAUGACGAAUACGAAUAUAAAAGUUGUGACCUGGUGAAAUAAAACAAAACAUGAAUUCUACUUUUCCCUAUGUUCAUAGUUGUGAUCUCAAUCAAAAGUUGCAGAUUAAAAUAGGUACACUUGAAGGAGAACGUCAAGCUCAUCCAUACGAAAAGUUGCUAGAGCAGCCAGUUCUCAAAUUUUCUGGCCUGAAUUCGGAAAAAUGUCCUCCACUUAAAGUGAGCGUUCAAAUUUACGAUGAAGGUAAGCGAGUUGGCCUUCCGGUAACAUCGUCCUACAAGAGCUUUUUAACCAGAUGGAGUUGGAACGAGUGGUUGACUUUGCCAGUGCUGUUCAGUGAUCUAUCACGUCGAUCAGUGCUGGCAAUCACCAUAUAUGAUUGUGCGUGGAAUCAUAAUGAUGCGACAAUUGUCGGUGGAACGUCGAUAUCAUUAUUCGGAAAGACGGGAGUUUUCCGACAGGGUUUAUACGAUCUAAAAAUAUGGACUGAAGUGGAGGCUGAUGGGAACUAUCGAUCCAAAACUCCGGGAAAAUGUAGCGAUUUCUAUAAUAAUCAGAUGCAACGACUGUCCAAACUUGCGAAGAAGCAUAGAAAUGGACAAAUUGAAAAGGUCGAUUGGUUGGAUCGUCUAACGUUCAGAGAGGUCGAACUUAUUAACGAAAAGGAGAAACGAGAUUCACAGUUUCUCUAUUUAAUGGUAGAGUUUCCACAGUUGACUAUUGGCGAUAAAACGUGCUCUGUCGUGUACUAUGAACCGGAUGGCGAUAGCAAAUUUCUCUUCAUUUCAAAGCCCAAGUUGGUCACUGUUCCAGAUACUGAAACCUUACAGGAAAAUUUGGUUGAACGAAAACAUCAUCGUCUAUCAAGAUCGGCUAGGUCUGGAUUAUCCGAUCGAGACGCUAAGCCAACCGCUAGUGUCCGAGAUUUACUGCACUCCAUAGUACACCGAUAUUCUCCGACGUCCACGCUGAGCAGCGAGGAGCAGGAUUUGAUCUGGAAGUACCGUUUCUACUUGAGUGCGCAGAAAAAAGCUUUGACAAAAUUUUUGAAAUGCAUCAACUGGGAAACGGGGACAGAAGUACGUCAAGCAUUGGCACUGCUGGCAAAAUGGGCUCCCAUGGACGUGGAAGAUGCACUGGAACUACUGAACUCAUCGUUCAAUCACCCGACGGUGAGACGGUAUGCCAUAUCCCGUUUGGAUCAGGCACUUGAUGACGAUUUGUUGCUUUAUUUGCUGCAGCUGGUACAGGCGCUGAAAUAUGAACACUUUGAUGAAAUUCUCAAAUCUUGCAACAAUCUUCCAUUGGAAAAAGACAUGCUGAAGUCUGUAGAAGACACCCCGGUAGAAACAAAUUUUGAAGUAUUUACAGAGUCUGACGAUGGUGGUUCGAUGUAUCAAGAUGCAAACCACGAUAUGAUGGGAUCCAAACCAAUAAAUAAAACCACUGAUAACAACGUUAAUGUCAAUGAGUCCAAUACAAACAGCAGUGAGGAUGCACAAGUUCCUUCCAAUUUGGCCAUGUUUCUAAUUCAACGGGCGUGUAAAAAUUCUACAUUGGCAAACUACCUAUAUUGGUACUUGUCAAUAGAAUGUGAAGAAGAAACAAUAAGAAAACAAGAUGAGCGGGUUCGAAAGAUGUACCGGUCUGUUCUACAGUUAUUCAUGAGACAGCUCUCGACAGGAAACCCUGAACUGAGGACCAUAUACCGCAGCUUAAAGGAGCAAAAAAAGUUCAUCGAUAACUUAGUAAAACUCAUAAAAAUUGUUGCAAAGGAACCAGGUAAUCGUAAGAAAAAGACAGAAAAGUUCCAAACGCUGCUCUCCGAUACAGACGCGUUGAAAAUCAAUUUCACGAAAUUUGAGCCCCUAUCUUUCCCACUGGAUCCGAAUGUCCGCAUACGUGGUAUAAUAGCAGAAAAGGUUACUCUUUUCAAAAGUGCCCUGAUGCCAUCAAAACUAACAUUCCUGACAACUGGAUCGACGGAAUAUGUAGCGAUCUUCAAGCACGGAGAUGAUCUACGACAGGAUCAACUGAUUCUGCAAAUGAUCACUCUGAUGGACAAGUUGCUCCAGAAAGAAAACCUGGAUCUAAAACUGACGCCCUAUCGUGUGCUGGCGACCAGUUCCAAACACGGAUUCAUGCAGUACAUCGAUUCGAUAACGGUCGCCGAAGUUCUCAAUGCUGAAGGAAGCAUUUUAAACUUUUUCCGUAAGCAUCAUCCAUGCGAAACGGGUCCCUACGGUAUUGUAGCUGACGUGAUGGAAACGUACAUCAAAAGCUGCGCAGGAUACUGUGUGAUAACAUAUUUAUUGGGUGUGGGUGAUCGUCAUUUGGACAAUCUGCUUCUAACAAACUCCGGCAAGUUGUUUCACAUUGAUUUUGGGUAUAUUCUUGGGAGAGAUCCCAAACCAAUGCCACCACCGAUGAAGCUCAGCAAGGAAAUGGUAGAAGCGAUGGGAGGUUUGAACUCCGAGUACUACCAAGAGUUUAGAAAACUGUGCUACACCGCUUUCCUGCACCUGCGAAGACAUGCCAACGUGAUGCUAAAUCUGUUCGGUUUGAUGGUCGAUGCGUCCAUUCCGGAUAUUGCUCUGGAACCGGACAAGGCUGUCAAAAAGGUAGAGGACAAUUUGCGCUUAGAUCUAUCUGACGAGGAAGCUGUGCAGCAUUUACAAAACUUGCUUGACCUUUCGAUAACCGCUGUUAUGCCAGCUUUGGUAGAACAGAUUCACAAAUUAGCACAGUAUUGGAGAAAAUAAUUUCAUUGUAAGUGUUUAUAUGUUUAUAUAAAAUUAACCUGUAUAUUUACUGAAUUAUCGAAUUAUUAUGACUGAAAAUUUAUAUCUUAAAAAACAUA